AUGUCUACGGGAAGGAUCUGUUGCCUGGUGCUGCUGACCCUCGGGGUGCUGGCACUGGUGGUUGUGCUCGUGGUCAUCCUGACUCAACCCAAGUGCGGUCCUCAGCACUACCUGCACGGUGCCGUGGCUGCUGACACCGAGACCUGCUCUGACAUCGGCCGGGACAUCCUGAAAAGUGGAGGCACAGCUGUGGAUGCUGCCAUCGCUGGUUUGAUCUGCACGUCGGUGAUGAACCCUCAGAGUUCGGGCCUGGGUGGCGGGGUCGUAUUUACUAUCUAUAAUGCCAGCACAGGAACAGUUGAGGUGAUCAAUGCCCGUGAAACAGUCCCACAAGGGUUUGCUCGUGUUUUGUUGUCUGGCUGUUCUUUACCCAUCGGUACAGGUUCCCAAUGGAUUGCUGUACCAGGAGAAAUUCGUGGGUAUGAAGAAGCCCAUAAACGAUAUGGCCGCUUGCCAUGGAAAGCUCUGUUUGAACCAACCAUCAAGCUCCUUUCAGAGCCACUUGUUAUUUCUCCAGUUAUGGACAAAAUGAUUCAUCACCCAUGGUUCUCCAAACCUGGACGAAACCUGUGCCCAUUGAUAUGUGAUGGUCAAAGGUUUUUGACCCAUGGAGAGACCUUCAGGUGGCCAGCACUGCAGCAGACACUGAGAGCUGUGGCAGAAAAUGGAGCUACAGCAUUUUAUGAGGGACAGAUAGGACAGGCCCUGGUGGAGGACAUCAAGAAGGCUGGGUCCAUUCUCUCAAUGGAGGACCUUAAGGCGUACAAAGCAGAAGUGUCCUCAGCUCUGAACAUUACCCUGAACAAUAGCACCACGGUGUUUUCUCCUCGACCACCCAUGGGAGGUGCUGUGCUCCUGUUUAUCCUCAAGAUACUGGAAGCGUAUAAAUUUAAUGAAGCAUCACUGGCAACACCCAAGGAUAAGGAAGAAACCUACCACCUCAUUGCAGAGACCUUGAAGUUCAGCAAUAUGCUGAGACCCCAUAUGAGUGACCCAGCCUUCUCCGAUGCUCAGGUGACCGUGGAGACACUGCUGUCUGACAAGACUGCUGAGCAUGUCAGAAGCAAAAUAGAUGCUUGUGGUGACCAUCCACUCAACUAUUACAACUUGUGGGAGUCCAUCUACAACCACAGAUACAAAAGUAUGGGCACAAGCCACAUCUCUGUGCUUGCUGCAGAUGGCAGUGCUGUGUCCGCCACCAGCACCAUCAACUACCCGUUUGGCUCCUUUGUGUAUUCUAACCAAACUGGGAUCAUUUUAAAUAAUGAGCUUGCUGAUUUCUGCAUAGUGAACAGAAACAUUAAGCCAGGAAUGAGCAGUAGCAUGGUUUUUCGUGGGGAAUGCAAGAAGAAUGAGGUAGAUAAACCUGUGUGUCCCUCCAGUGCUCUCACCAGCCACAUGGGAGAAAUAAGACUUUCUGCUUCUGCUCUAGGAGAGAGGCCUCCCUCAGCAAUGGUGCCUUCUAUUCUCAUCUCCAAGACGGGAGACAUGCUGGUGAUUGGAGGAGCAGGUGGGGCCCGGAUUAUCAGCGCUACUGCUAUGGCUAUUAUAAACAAGCUGUGGUUUGGCUACGACUUGGAACACGCCAUUUCUUCUCCCAUCAUGCAUAUUAACAAUGGCAACAUCUCGUUUGAGGAACACUUCAGUGAGGAUGUUAGGAAUGGCCUGCUGAGAAGAGGACACAAAGAAAGGAAAGAUGAAUUUGCACUGAAUGUUGUGCAGGGAAUUUCAAAGGAAGGAAAAUGUCUCUCUGCUUACUCUGAUAAAAGGAAGCUGGGGAAGUCGGCUGGUUAUUAG